GAAUCCAAACAAGUGAAAGUUCGUGCUAGCCCCCAGACUUGGUGGAGUCUGUGUGAGCCGUGGGAUCAGCUUUCCCUGCUGCAGCUGUACAAAGCUUUAAUCUGUGGAUAAAAGGGCCAUCGAUCGAAUAAGAUGAGCUAAAUCCGGAAAGAGAGAGAAGCUGGAGCUGACAAGUAUGGCCAGGGCUCGCCUGAUUGUAUACGAUUUUCUUAUGUCCUUCAUGUGGGUAUGGUCUGGUAUUUUGGUGAAGAUGUUUGUGAGCAAGGCUUUAGGGAUGGGUAACCAACCCAAGGCUGAGAUCUUGAAGGGUGCUUUCUCCAUUAUCAACAUGUUCUUCUUUGCAUUCUUGGGGAAGAUUACUAAAGGAGCCGCUUACAAUCCUUUAACCGUUUUCUCUUCUGCCGUUUCUGGGGAUUUCAGCCACUUUCUUUUCACUGUUGGGGCCAGAAUUCCUGCCCAGGUAAUUGGAUCUAUUACCGGGGUUAGGCUCAUUAUUGAGACCUUUCCUGGAAUAGGACUUGGGCCUCGUUUGAAUGUUGACAUCCAUCGAGGUGCACUAACGGAAGGAUUCUUGACAUUUGCAAUUGUCAUCAUCUCACUUGGGCUUGCUAGAAAGAUCCCUGGUAGUUUCUUCAUGAAGACAUGGAUUACUAGUGUCUCUAAGUUAGCUCUUCAUAUUCUUGGCUCUGAUCUGACCGGUGGAUGUAUGAACCCUGCCUCUGUGAUGGGAUGGGCAUAUGCUCGUGGAGAUCAUAUCACGAAGGAGCAUAUACUUGUAUACUGGCUUGCUCCAAUAGAGGCAACUUUGUUGGCAGUCUGGACUUUUAGGUUGGUAGUUAAGCCAAUAACAGAGGAGAAAGAAAAAGUAAAAGCUAAAUCUGAGUGAGUCUCUUUGUUUUCAUUUUUUAUAUUUAUUUUUGGAAAUUCAAUUCACUAAUAUUUGAGUUCAAGAGCAGGCAAAUGUUUGUAAAAUUCAAGGAUUGAAGAAAAUUCAAUCUGUUUUUGCCUGGAUCUCUUUGGUUCAGAAACCUGUUUAUAAACAGUUUUACUUAUUUGUUUUUUGUAAAAUCUAUCUCCUAGUUGAUCUUACAUGUGCCACAUUUCCUGGUAA